UAAAUUGAUAAUGUUAAAAUGACUCUCAUUAAGUUACAUAAAUUCUACGGUUGCUGCUUACUGUUUUAAUUUAUCUUUAAAAAAAGGAAAAAGAUCUUUGCUAAAAAAGGAUACUUUGAAAAGGUCUUCAAUAAUAAAAAAGAUUAUUUUCUAGGUAUAAAGGUAUGGACAAGUCAUCUACGGAAACAACAGUUUCGUCGAGUACAAAUCGGAAAUUGAAAAUUGCCGCAUGUUUAUUUCUGUCCACUACAGUGAUAUUCGUAAGCCUAUUUAUUUGGAGUGAAUAUAAAGGAGACACAAAUUCUGGAAAUCAAUUAACGCCAUGUUCAAGUUCCCCAUGUGAACACGGUGGGAAUUGUUCGGUGACAGGUUAUAGUUUUACCUGUACCUGUUUGCACGGAUUCACAGGAUUACAAUGCCAAAGUACUCCAUGUGAUAACUUUAGCUGUGACAAUGGUGGGACGUGUUUUCUUGAUGAAUUUCAGCCAAAAUGUGCGUGCAAAAAUGGAGUCACUAGUGAAGAUUGUACAUAUGAUUCAAAUAAAAGAAGAUAAUUGCGGAUCCUGUGUACGUUCCAUUUCCGAUGUUGUGAAAAUAAAACUUUAAUGGGCGGCAAAUUCAAUGUUUAACACUACAUUUUUUUAUUUGAUUUGACAAAGUAAAAUCUUAAUAAAAGUGUAAAGAAAUAACGGGACAAAAUUUUAAACAAAUUAUAUUUUUUUACAAAUUAUACUAGAAUUAUAAAUGGAACGUGCAACAAUCCAAAAAGGGGAGACAGGAUUAAAUAAAUAGAAAAAGUGUUCCGUUUUUUUAAUUUUUCUUGUUUACUUACUUUAAUAGUGAUGUCUGCUUUUCUGUAAUAAAUAUAUAUGAACAUUUA